AUGGAUCUCAUUGGCAAGAUUUAUCCAGCCAGUAGCAAGCAACACUGUUCUAUCAUUGUUGCUAUAGAGUAUUUCACCAAAUGGGUGGAAGCCAAGCCUAUUAAAUCCACUACAUCUCAAGAAAUCAUCACUUUCAUAGAAGAACAGAUUAUACAAAGGUUGGGCAUUCCAGAAUCAAUCACAACUGACAGGGGAUAUUCUUUCAUAUCUGGAGAGAUGCUAGAUAUGGCAGAAGCAUUCAAAUUCAGGCUGCUUUAA